CUCCGCAACAAGAACAUAUAUAUGACGCACGGGCCUCGCCGCACCCAAAGCUCCAAAUCUUUUCAAGUUCCGACGCGACAUCAUCGUCAGUAUCCAUUGCAUCCACGGCAGCAGCUAGCAUACAUUGAGCCCCGACCAACUCCAAACAACCCAAUUCGACUUGAAAUACCACCAAAGAAUCGCCCAAUAUGUCUUUCCUCUUCGGCGGCCAGCCCAAGCUCUCCUCAGAGCAAAAGAUCGCGCAAGCAGAGGCGGAAAUCGACAUGGUAUCAGACAUGUACAGCCGCCUAGUAAAAUCUUGCUCAUCAAAAUGCAUCGACACAGCGUACCGCGAAGCCGACCUGAACAAGGGCGAGUCCGUCUGCCUCGAUCGCUGCGUCGCGAAGUUCUUCGAGGUCAACGUUAAGGUCAGCGAGAAGAUGCAGGGCGAGGCACAAGGACGUGGUGGGGGAGGCGGUGGUGGUGGCAUGUUCGGAGGCGGUAUGUAAAGUGCUGGCUAUACCUGAAGGUGACGACGCCAAGGAAGGCGGGCUAGGCGAGAAGGAAUAGAAAGCACGAAAAGGGAGACGGAAUAUGAAAUACGGUCAGAUACUGCCGUGAGGUGUUUGUAUAUGAUCCCAGUGUAGCAUUUCAGGGUGGGAAAUAGGGACUUUCUGCUUCCGGUUUGGUGCAUCACGACAUGGACGAUGAAUAUGGGAGGUUUGUACAUUACGUGCUACAUCUUGAAAAGAAUGGGUAAAGCUAUACGAAGAUACGAAUCAGCAUCUGCAUUUUGUUCACACAUACGCUAAGUGGUUAAGCAGCGAGUUCGUAUAUUC